GGGAUCAAGAAAAUGAACUCCCCACAAUAAUAACGUUUCUUGUUCUCUAUCAACGGAGGUUAUCCUGAAAUGCCACAUUUGGAAGCUCGGAACCAACGGCAGCGCCGUAAAGAUUCAAGCGCAAAGAGACAUGCACUCUUCGAGUCCUUGCCUGUGGAGCUGAUCGCAGAGAUUCUCAGCGAGCUUGAUCUGGAAUCUUUGGCUACGGUAUCUUGUCUUUCGAAGAGGCUCCGUAGCAUCGCUGGCGACCCUACUUUGAACCCUUGGAAGCGAGCUAUCGCGCGGAAUCUUCGGCGGCGGGAUGGCGACUAUGAGCCCUGUUUGGCGCAUCUUUCUGAACGCUCCACCUUUCCUCGGACGAAUUGGCUGGACGUUCUGAGUUCUGCUCGACCCGAUUUCAUAUUGUUUGAGGUGACGCUGCCCAACCUACUUGACUCGGACUAUGCCGAGGCUUUCAGUAGACGGUUCCUUCCCAGCUGGGACAAGUGGAAGAAAGACGGCUGUCGCUGGAGGGAGGCGUACCGAAAGAUUCUCUACCGUGUGUGGCAUCGUUCGACGACGACCUGCACCGCCGACGAAGCUUGGACCAAGUAUAUCGUCCUCAAUAGGAAUGGAUCGGUGAACCUUCUUGAGACCUCUUCUCGAAACUUUAAUCCACAGCUUCUCUUUAACGAGAUGAAAAUACAAAACAAUUUGGCUCACUUGGAGACACAUAUAAGGCUCGUCGUCGAGCUUGCUGAUGUGCGCAUUCUUGCGUUCGGCGUGUUGACAAAGCCGAGGAGCCCAUUCUCAAUCAACGAGAAUGCACGCAUCCUCCUGCACCCGCCAGGUAUACACAGGGACGACUCGGACGAAACAGCAAGUCUUAGUGAAACCUCGAGCCUCCAUUCCAGCCGCUUCAGUUUCACUAAGUCAAACGCUAACUAUGAACCCUUAACGCAUCCUCAACCGAGUCCUGGACAUGCCAAUUAUCCGUUUUUCACACCCGGAGGCGAGGAUAAACGAUGGAUUGGAUCUGGACUGGAUGAAGAAAAAGGAAACUUAUGGGUAGGUAGUCUCCUGCUUUGCGCACAAUUGUGCACGCAGGAGACACGGAUGCGGACUGGCGAAAGGCCUAUGUUGCAGGAUCUUGACCUGGUAAUUGGCCCGGGACGUAACAAGUACGUGUCAAUGGGAUGGCCGGACCUGGACGCCAUCGCCCCGUGGCUUGCGCAGCGAAUUACGAAGCGGAUCAACGGGCAGGGACUUGGAUUGUAGGAUUACUUUGAACACGAGCCCGGAGCUCUGGCUAAUCGGACAAGUGCUUGAUUAACUAACUGAUUUACCUAUGUUGCGUGGGACACUGGCUCAGGGUGCGCCAAUCGUUGUUGGAUAACACGGACCGAUAUGGCAUAAGUCGCAUAAAUCUCUUGUACUGUUAAUUGGACAAUUUACUCUUUGGCUUUUCGGACUCUGGAAUAUGUGGCUUCCUUGCCGAGAUUUGUCUGUACUGAUACUCUUCUUUUUCGUUGUAUUUCUUU